AGCUAACAUCAUGCGUUUUCUUUUUCCCCCGACGAGGUUAAGCGACAUUUUGACAUGUUGAUGCUGGGAUGCUGAUCUGGCAGCGCUUUGUUUAUUCUCGCUGUACAGUCUCGGCUAUAUCAGCCGGAAAACAACAUCGAUGCCAAGUGGAACAUGAGCAUAGCAGUACGCGCCGAGGAUUUCUACCGCGCAGGCUUUGUGAGUAAAUUGAAUGUUUAUGCUGAUGAGACACCGCGUCAGUGCGGAACCACACCGAGGUCGCUCUUUGGAGUAACUGUGCGUGCCAAACAAUCUCAACAUGUCGGGCUGGAAAAGUGAAAGUCCCUGACAUUUCUCUCAGACAACACCAUCGGCUGAUGGUAACCCUGUGAUAGUUGUGUGCCGCUUUCUGUACGCAUGGUUGCGAGUACGGGUGUUUACGGGUGUGUAUAUAUGAGUGACUGAGGGCUCUUGGCCGGAUGUGUAUCGCUGCUCUUCAAUGACCUGCCACUCGGCGGAGGCCGGCGGGGAUCAGCACAGCGCCAGCAGCAGUAGCGCCAGCAGCAGUAGCGGCAGCAGUAUUACCACAGAGACAGACAGAGCAGCUGAACCCGAGCACCAGCGCAUCUCCGCAGCCGCCAUGAGAGACCUGCGCAACACCGGCUGGUACUGGGGGCGCCUGACAGCUAAUGAGGCCAAAGAAAUCCUUCAGGAUGCAUCAGAGGGGACAUUUCUGGUCAGGGACAGCAGCCAAAGAGAUUAUCUUUUUACCAUCUCUGCCAUGACAUCUGCUGGACCCACAAAUUUGCGCAUUGAGUACAAGGAAGGCAAGUUCAAGUUGGACUCUGUGCUGCUGGUCAAGCCCAAACUCAAACAGUUUGACAGUGUGGUUCACCUGGUGGAGCAUUAUGUCCAACUGUCCAGGACUUCUAAUAAAACUGCUACAUCCUGCCAGGCCAAUGGUACAGUGCAGCUGCUUCUUAAAACUCCUAUUUAUACAGCCAUGCCUUCUCUACAGCAUUUGUGUCGAAUCGCAAUCAACAAAACUACACGACAGGUGCAGGAGCUUCCAUUGCCCAAUAGACUAAAGGACUAUCUGACGGACUACACCUACAAUGUGUGAAGUUCAAGAAACCACACUAAAUGCUCUGCAAUUUGAGACCCCUGACUAAGCCAUAGGAAUCUGUUAACUACUUUAUUAGGGUCCUUUGAAUUUGGAAACUAAAUAGGCAAUUGUUAAAUGGUUCUUAAGACACUUAUAGAUGCUCUACACACUAUCCUACUGAGUUUGUGUCUAGUGUGCAGGAUACACUGUUCUUUACAGACUGCUGUGGGAGCAACAGUCAUCAAACCUGAAUGGCACAAAAUAUAUUUGUGCAUGUCUUAUUGAUGCAUCUGAGAUGCUGUGUAUCCUGUGUUUGAAACAUGGGUGUUCAUUAUUUUGUACACCUUUGAAAUUGUUACUAUGAAUAUGUAUUUUGUUUUUACUGUAAACACUGAAGGAACAUUCAUUUUAAGGUCUAUUAAAAUAAUACAGAAGGGAAAUUGUAAUGGGAAAUAUUUCAUAAAAUGAAUCAAGAGCAAUAUUCAGU